AUGGCCGACGACAGCGAGCAGACAAGAAGACUCCUGCAAGACAGCAUCGACGGCUACGGAAGAUCAAUGCCCACGACAAACUUCGAUAACCCAUUUGUCAUAUCGACGAUCGUCGCCUCGGCCAUGACCGAAUCGGACACAAACCGGACAGCCAAAGCAACCUACGCGUUUAUUGUCCCGGCAACGUACGUUAACAAUCCUGGACCUGAGCGAACGACACAUGGAGGCGCAAUCGCCACAUUCAUGGACAACUGCACCAGCAUUACCUUGAUCGCAUCAAAACGGUACUUUGGACAAGGUGUCACGAGGAAUUUGAACGUCACCUACUUUCAGCCUGUCAUAGCUGGAGAAGAGGUCUACGUCGAGACUGAGGUUCUCUCGAUCAACAGGCGAGUCGCGACUAUUCAAGCUGCGAUGAGGAGACAGAGCGAUGGAGCUUUCUUGGCGAUGUGUAUUCACGAGAAGAUGAAUCCAGAGAGGGUUGGGUCGAGAGCUUCUUCGCUAUGA